CUUAAAGUGUGACACUGUAUAUACUGUACAUUGAUGAAAUUAAUGAUGACAAUGAUGCAAACAAUUAAAAUAAUGUUAAAAAUCAAAAUCAUUGUAAUUUAAUAGGUAACAAAUUUUUGAUGAGAUUCGUAGUAUGAAGCUAUAAAACAGGUACAAUAAAUAGAAUUAUUACCAAUAACAUCAUCUAAUCAAAUGGAUUAACAAAAUCCACAAUAAAAUCAAGAGGUAAAUAAUUGAAAGGCCACAAAUUUGUAUAUAUUGAUGGGGAAAAGUAACUCCGAUACAAUCAAACAGUAAAAUAAGGCAAAACAGAUAACAAAAAUCCAUUACCAUGUCCCAAAUUAAUUACAAUCUGAUCUGCGAAUUCGAAUGUUCUGUCUGCUUCAAUUACAUGCAGCCCCCAAUAAACAUGUGCUCCAACGGCCACCUAUAUUGCGAGUCCUGCUUCAACAAGAUCACUCAAUGCCCCAUGUGCAGAGGCUGCAAGCAGGGAGCCCGCAACUUGUGUCUGGAACGUCUGUUCGAGAAGCUGCACUUUCCGUGCAAGUACGCCGACGCGGGGUGUACAUUCGAGGGUUUGGGUCCGGCGAUGAGGGUGCACGAGGGCGAAUGCGCAAGGAAGCAGUAUUUCUGUCCUUUCGCCUUCACGCAUGAGUGCACGUGGGACGGUACUCCAAGACAACUGGAACAACACGCAAGGAACGAGCAUUACUUGUUGGAGGACUUGAACAGGAGUUACUGCGUGCCCGUUUUAUCUCGUGACCGUUGCUGGAGGGAGAUUGUCAAACAUGAUGAGGGGUUGUUUCUGUUGGCGUUCUACGGUGAUGUUGAUGCCCUACAUGUAGGAGUGUACGUUUUGACAUCUGGGCCAGACAAGAGGUACAAUUUUGAGUUCACAUUCAAUGGGAAUGGCAGGAAGGCCGGUGGGGCUGGGACUUGUUCCAGAUUCGAGGACUUUGGAAUACACAAAAUUGAUAAUGAGAAUCGCCUGACAUUUCCACUGCAUGUGGUCAACAAUUUAAAAAACAGCAGGAAGCUUUUUUAUCGUAUUACUAUUACACGGAAGAGAAAUUUAAUCUUGUAAAUUGCAAUGGUAUUUAUUAUUA